AUGUCUGACUUGGUGCAAUUCGCAGUGGUGUUGGCAGCGGCGUUAGUAGCUGUUUAUUACACAGGACAUGGACCGUACCUUCUCAGGAAAACCUCUGAGCUGGCAUAUGGUAAACCGGGUUGUUCCCCAGUACCUGCAAUUGGUAAUGUCACUAUACAUUAUUUCGAUAUUAGAGGACGUGCUGAGGUAAUACGGCUCAUGCUUGAGGAGGCACAAAUACCUUACAAUGAAACAAAAUUUACUGAAAAAUCAUGGCCAGCAGCAAAAAUAAAAGGAAUAGAAGAUGGUUUGUAUACAUUUGGUCAAGUACCUGCCAUAACUACUACAAAAGGGUUCCAGCUGGUCCAAAGUCAUGCAAUAGCACAUUAUAUUGGACGAUCCACUGGAAUGGAAUGUGACUGUGAGGAUCUGCACUUCUGUGAUGUUGUGUCUCAAGGUGUUGAGGACUUUCGUCAGAAGAUGGGAAAAGUUGUAUAUGAUGUUGAUUUCUCAGCUGAAAAACGAAAUGAUUAUUUUGAUAACAUAGCAUCUACAUGGUUAGAUCAUUUUGAGAAGAUAGCACCAUGUAUCCAAGCUCAGGACAAAACGUUCUUUGCAAGUGACAGACUGACAUGGAUUGAUUUUCUAGUCUUUGAUUUGUUGGACAACAACGUGGAGUUUUCGAAGGUCAAAAUGGCUGGUGUUCGCCCAGUGGAUGUUUUAGAAAAAUAUCCCCGGUUGUCUUCAUUUUAUAAUCAAUUUAUACAAAGACCGAAUUUGGUUGCAUACUUACAAAAUCGAUCUCCUUUCAAGCUACCUUAUAUGCCCAAAGUUAACAUUCCAGUUGUAAAAAAGUCUGAAAAACCCAAGGUGACUAAACAAGUCCCAAAACAAAUGCCGAAGAAAGUACCAGAUACACAGCAAAAACCAAAAGCAAAAAUUGAAACUGGUAAAGUAAAAACACCAGUGAAGCAAGGGAAACCUGCCCCUACAGCCAAACCAUGAUGAUUCAAUUUUAUUAACAGAAUUUAAUUUCCAAGAAUAAAUCAUUAUAUUGGCUAGAACUCAACACAAUAAUAUGAUGUUUGCUUUAAACAUGUUUUCCUGAUAUUCAAGUGAAAAAAAAAUCUUAUUUUGCCCUUGGUCAUUUUCAUUAUAUAUCCAUUACAACUCUUGUCACAAUCUUAGUAUAGCAUGUUUAGAAAUUUCUAUUAUAUACCUCUGGCAUUAUUGUAGCCCUGGUCACACACUUAUAGUAUAUCUCAUUUACAUCCUUCUGAUAUGACCCUGGUCACAGCUUUCUAAUAUGGCCCUAGUCAUAGCUUUCUAUAUGACCCUGGUCACAGCUUUCUAUAUAACCCUGGUCACAGUUUCCUAACAUGACCUUAGUCACUCCUAAUAUGGCUUUGCUUUUUUAAACCCUUGUAAUAUAGCCCUGCUUCCAUUCAUCCUAAAACCAGGUCAUACUGUCACAAUAUACUUGUAGCUCAGAUUAGAUUAGACUUUGGAAUGAUAGGAAUAUCCUAAAAUUAAGUCAGGGAAGGAAGAUUAUCCAGACAUUGGAUUGAGAGUGAUAUCCAAAACUUUUACCUGGAAAGAAUAGUAUCCAGACAUUGGAUUGACAAUGAUAUCGCAAUAUUAGAUCUGGAAAGAACAGUAUCCAGAAUUUGGAUUGGGAGUGGGUAUCCCACAAUAAAAUCAGGAAGGAACAUUAUUCAGACAUUGAAUUGUGAGGGUUAUCCCAAAAUUAGAUAAGGAAGGUAGAGUAAUUAGACAUUGGAUUGACUGGGUUAUUUCAAAAUUAGACCCGCAAUCGAGAUUAUCCAGACAUGAAAUUAAGAGGAAUGUCCCAAAAUUAGAUUGGAAUGAGAGAUUAUCCCAACUUUUGAUUGAGUGGGAUAACAACAAUUUAUAUCAGGAAGGGAGAGGCUCCAGACAUUGGAUUGAGAGGAAUACCAUAAAAUAAGAUCUGUAAGAGAUUAUCCAGACAUUGAAUUGAGAGGGAUGUCCCU